CGUGAAUUUGAAAGUUUAGAAGAACUUGGCAGAGGUACUUGAUGUAUUUGGUCUGUCAAAUUUAGUAGAAUUUUCUGUUAUGGUCUCAGAUCACUCAAACUUGGUUGUUGAAGUAGUUCCUUUUCCCUGUGUUAUGAUUCAACUUGAAGGAUAAUUCUAUGGUGAGAUGGAGUUAUCUCAAGGUUCUUUUUCACCAUAAAAUGCAAAUGGAGGUUCACGCAAUGAGCUGCAAAUUGAUGCUAUAUACGGAGCUAUGUGGUUGUAUAGCUCCAGUUAUGAUAACUGAUUCAAACUCUGUAAGAUUAAGCUGGGCUUGUAACAUUUAUAGUGAUAGAAGGAAAUCACUUUGUUGAUAUUCUCUCAUUUGUUGUGAAAUGGUUGGACAACUCUGGUUUAUUGGAGUUACAUUUGCAGAUGAUGGUAUUAAUCUUAUCCUUAUUGGUUGUUGUAAUUUGUUGGCUUCUCAGAUUAGUUGCAUAUGGUUCUAAUUGUCCCGUUUCCCUUUCUCUUUUUAAUGAAUUCCUUGUAGUUUAGUUGUUUUUGCUUUGCUAUCCUGAUAUACAUUGUUCAUUGUAUUAAAUUUCCUAUCAUUCUGCCUACAUGUUUUCUUUUUUAUGAUCAAAGAUCACUCAAACUUAGCUCCUUUUCCAUGUGUUAUGAUUUAACCUAUGUUGAGAUGAUGCUAUCUGGAGGUUCUUUUUAAUCAUAAAAUUCACAUGGAAGCUCUCACAAUGAGAUGCAAACUGAGGCUUGUGAGCUAUGUUGUUGGUCUUAUAGAUCCAGUAAUGAUAGCUGAUUCAAUUUUUUAGUCUUAAGCAGGGCUUGUAACAUUUUUGGUGAUAAAGUGAAACUAUCUUGUUGCUACUUCUAUCAGGGAAAAGAUUGGACAGCCAUUGUUUAUUGGAGUUAAAUUUUCAUAUGAUGCCAUUAUUCUUAUCAUUGAUGUAGUUAUGAAUAAAUAGUAAAUACAUCACAAGGAAUCCAAGAUGAGCUUAAACCAUUAGAUUGUACAUCAAUAUCCAAGUUCUCUUAUUGAUGUACAAGGCACCUAAAUGAGUUAGAGAUACUAACAUACAUUGGCAUUCUAACUGUCAAAUUUAAUUCAUGGUGCUCAGGGAAGUUAACUAUACCAGUUGUGAUGCUAUACUCUAGUUAGUUCUUUAUUUUGUUUACACCAACAAUCUAAUGCUGCACUAUGCAAAAAAGUUGUACACCCUUGCUUAAUACAAGUGCCAAAUUGUCUUUCUAGUUUCAAAAAACAGAAAUUUAGAUAAAUCAUAUUUCCUUGAGUUUAAAUUGAUUUUGCCUUGACUUUUCCUUUCUUUCUUGCUUCAUGUCUCCUUUUUAAAAGUGUUACAUGUCAGAAUUUAUGUUUCUUUAUCAAGACAUGUAUAAUAAUAUCAAAUCAUCCUAUCGGUUUUAUGCAACUUUUCUCUAAUAUGAACUAAUCAAACAUUUUUUCCAUUUCUCCUUGUUCAUUUGUUUUAGAAAAUCGUUUGUGGUUCUCUGGCUUAUUGCGUUGUCAAACGAGAUGUUUAGAGGUGACUCACAGCAGAUAUUAAUUCCGUUGGUUGUUUGAAAGGAUAUUGUGUAAUGAUAGGAUUUGCAGCUCAGUUUUUCCUGUGAUAGAAUUUGGACAUUUCACUCUCUACUUCUGCAGCUUUAGGUGUUUUCUUCCAAACUAUAGUAUCCAUGCCAACCCCUGAGUAGAACUUGGAUUUUGGAUGAGUGAAUGCUACUCCUGAAAGACCUGGAGCUUCAUACUCAUUCUAAUGGCUUUAGAAUCAUCAUCUUCCUUCACCUAUGGUUUCACCUACGACGUUUUCCUCAGCUCUAGAGGCUCUGAUACUCGCUAUGGCUUUACUGGCAAUCUCUGGAAAUCUCUUUCCGGCCGUGGAAUCCACACUUUCAUUGAUGACAAGGAUCUUGAGAGAGGGGAUGAAAUCACACCAGCGCUUAUCAAGGCCAUUGAAGAAUCAAGAAUUGUCAUUCCGGUGUUCUCUAACAACGAUGCUUCUUCUUCCUUUUGCUUAGACGAACUUGUCAACAUCAUUGACCGCGUCAAGGCAAAGGGUCGAUUAGUUUUACCGAUUUUCUAUGAUGUGGAUCCUUCUCAUGUUCGUCAUCAGACUGGAAGUUAUGGAGAAGCACUAGCUAAACAUGAAGCUAGAUUCAAAGUAAACAAGAAAAAGUUCAAUGAGAACAUGGAGAGGUUGCAGAAAUGGAAGGCGGCAUUGCACCAAAUAGCUAACUUGUCUGGUCACCAUUUUAAACUUGGAUGAAGUUCACAUUGGUAGGGAUCUAUGGAACUGGAGGAAUGGGCAAAACAACGCUUGCACGAGCACUUUACAACUUGAUUGCUGACCAAUUUGAAGGUUUAUGUUUUCUUCAUAAUGUGAGGGAAAAUUCGAGCAAGCAUGGCUUAGAACAUCUCCAAGAGAAGCUGCUUUCGAAGACAGUUGGACUAAGGAUUGAGUUAGGAGAUGUCAAUGAAGGAAUUCCAAUAAUAAAGAA